ACGAUUUGAAUGGGAAAUGUCGAAUGUAUAGAAAAAUUAAAUUAAUAAACUGAAUUGCAUAUUUGCAUGUCAGCCUAGGACUUUUUUAAUCUUUAACGGUCUCUUUAGUGGGGAAAAAGAUAAUUAUUUGACGUCUGGUAUGUGUUUAAAUGUUAAUUGGGUCAAUUUCAGGUCCUCAGAAAAUAUUACAAAAAUCACUAUUCACAAUGUCUUCAUACGACUUGAGGUUGAAGGAUCUUGACCAAGUGUUAGAAUCAGAAGUGAUCGAUCUAUCAAAACUGAGAGAAUUCUGUUUCAAUGGUAUCCCUGAUGUUAAAGGUUAUAGAUCGUUAUGUUGGAGAUUGUUGCUCAAUUACUUACCAUGUGAUAGAAACAAGUGGGAUGAACAACUAGACCACCAUAGAAAAUUAUACCAACAGUGGUUAGAUGAAAUAUUAGUUACUCCGGGUUCAUUCGACAAUGAAGAAUGUGAUCAUCCAUUGAGUGAGGAUCCUAAUAGCAAGUGGAACACAUUUUUUAAAGACAAUCAAGCUCUUACACAAAUAGAUAAAGAUGUCAGGCGAUUACAUCCUGAAUUAUCUUUCUUCCAACAAGCAACUGAUUAUCCAUUAUCUAAUGUUGUAUACAGUUCUGGUACUAAACGAUUGAACAGAAGAGUGGGUAUGCAUUUUCUAAAUAGUGCAAAUGUUGUACGCAAAGGUCUUGGUAUUGUUAAAAUAACUCCAAAAGCCGAACAAACUAGUACUUCUGAAUUCAAGCCACUGGAAGAAGGAUCCGAAGCACAUUGGGAGGUGGUAGAGAGGAUAUUGUUUGUUUAUUGCAAAUUAAAUCCUGGACAGGGCUAUGUGCAAGGCAUGAAUGAAAUAAUUGGUCCAAUUUAUUAUUGUUUUGCUACUGAUCCAAUCAUUAAAAUGAAAGAACAUGCCGAGGCUGACUGUUUUUUUGUCUUUACUAAUCUCAUGUCCGAAAUUCGUGAUUUUUUCAUAAAGACAUUAGAUGAAACAGACACUGGAAUCGUAAACAUGAUGCGUAAAGUUACUGAAAGGUUGAAAGAAAAUGACCCAGUUGUCCAAAGCUAUUUAGUCAAAAAUGAAAUUUAUCCACAGUACUAUAGUUUUAGGUGGUUGACUCUGUUAUUAUCCCAAGAAUUUUCACUGCCAGAAGUCUUAAGGAUAUGGGAUUCACUAUUUUCUGACUCGCAGCGAUUUUCAUUUCUUAUUGAUAUAUGCUGUGCAAUGAUAGUUUUAAUCAGAGAUCAAAUACUGGCAGGAGACUUUUCAACAAUUGUUAAACUGUUACAAAAUUAUCCCAAUGUUGAAACGUGUGUUAUAUUGAAUAAAGCUGCAGAGUUGAGUGUUAAAAAUAAAGACGAGGAAUCGAAUGGAAUAUGAAGAUGAUUGGAUACCAGCCACUAGGUGUUUCAGCUUUUAGCUCUCUCUGAGAAAUGAUCAAACAUUGUUUUGUGAUUUUUUUUCAAUUUUCUCAAUAACAGGUUAAUUUAUACUUAUUUAUUUUACAUUAAGUAUCAUUUAUACUAAAUUAUAAGCUAUCUACUACUUGUUAAUAUUAUUAUUUUAUUUUUACCACUAUAUGCCUGUAUUUACAUAUAACAUCCAUAUUAUUUUUUAUUUAUAAGUGUUAAAAAAUCAUUGUUUUUCAAUAUUUAUUAAAAAAAAAUUGUACUUUUGUACUAGAGUUACUAGAGUUGUAUUCAAUUAUUCCAUAUUUGAUGAUAUUUCAAUACCUAUAAUGUUUUUAAAUUUGCUAGCAAUGUUGUCUUAAUGAUUCUGUAAUAGGUAAUCUAAUAUGAAUCGGUCAUUUUAGAUUGUUUAUUAACGUAUUAUUUUGAUGUCUAUAGUUUUAGAUUUUUGUACAAGAGAUUUUAUGUAUUAGUGUAUAGGUUUGUGGGGAAGGAAGUCCAUGGAUCUAUUUUUUGUAGUUUUCAGAACUAAAAUACAAUAUUUGCGAUUUAA